UUUGAGCUAUUCAGAGCGGCGCGGACCUGAGUGAGCACAGGGUACUGGAUCCACCGAUGCCCUGGCCGCGUGGGAGGUGACUGGCUACUGCUGUGUCUGCCGGAACAGGGGCUGAGAUCCGGCGUGUGGCCGCCGGGGAUGCUGCGCGGAGGCGCUAUUCUGGUGGCUCUGUGUCUGCACCUCGCUUAGAGUCCCGUUAUGGAUGCUACACUCUCCUUCAGCUCCCAGGACAACUUCCUGCUGGCCGGCUGUGCCGAUUCAGGACCAGGCUGCUGGAAACACCCCAGCGAAGAUUCUGACCGGAGCUGCAGCCCUUCAGUUCUGCGGUCUGUGGCCAGUGCCUGGAAGGAGGGACUGCUGAACAGGAAGAGGCCAUUUGUGGGCCGCUGCUGUCACUCCUGCACCCCGCAGAGCCAGGAAAAGCUCUUCAACUCCAGCAUCCCAUCACUUGGCCUACGCAAUGUGAUCUACAUCAAUGAAACGCACACCAGGCACCGCGGCUGGCUGGCCCGGCGUCUCAGCUACGUCCUCUUCGUCUUGGAGCGUGAUGUCCACAAGGACAUGUUCGCCCGCAACGUGGUGGAAAACGUGCUGCACAACAGCAGUGUGGAGAAGGCCAUCACAGAGGUGGCUUCAGAGAUGGCCCCUGUCACGGCGGAGCCCACGGCAGAGCAGCAGGCCGUCGUCAGGGUGAGGCGAAAGGCCCGCGGCAUCCUGCAGGAAAUGGUGGCCAAUAUUUCGCCCGCAUUCAUCAGGCUGACGGGCUGGGUGCUGUUGAAGCUGUUUAACGGAUUCUUCUGGAGCAUCCAGAUACACAAGGGGCAGCUGGAGAUGGUGAAGAAGGCAGCGACUGAGCAAAAUGUCCCCCUGGUCUUCUUACCUGUGCACAAGUCACACAUUGACUACCUCCUGAUCACCUUCAUCCUCUUCUGCCACAACAUAAAAGCCCCUCACAUCGCUGCUGGCAACAAUCUCAACAUCCCCAUCCUGAGCACGCUGAUCCGCAAGCUGGGCGGCUUCUUCAUCCGGCGCCGGCUGGACGAGACCUCAGACGGGAAGAAGGAUGUCCUGUACCGCUCCAUUCUGCACACGUAUACAGAGGAGCUCCUCCUGCAGCAGCAGUUCCUCGAGUUCUACCUGGAAGGCACGCGUUCUCGAAGUGGGAAGCCAUCCCCAGCCCGAGCCGGCAUGCUCUCCAUUGUGGUGGAUGCGCUCUGCACUGGCAGUGUGCCAGAUGUGCUGCUUGUGCCCGUUGGCAUCUCCUACGACCGCAUCAUUGAGGAAAAUUACAACAGCGAGCAGCUGGGUAAGCCGAAGAGGAAUGAGAGCCUGUGGGGUGUGGCCUGUGGAGCGUUUCGGAUGCUCCGGAAAAACUGUGGCUGCGUGAGGGUUGACUUCACCCAGCCUUUCUCUCUCAAGGAGUACCUUGACACCCAGCGCUGUCGGCAGCUUCCGGUACCUUUGUCACUGGAGCAGAUGCUGGUUCCAAACAUCAUCGCAGCCCAGCCGGACCAAGCUGCUUUGGCUGGUGAGGAAGAGGAGCAGUUUGAUGGUGGGGACCUCUCAAAUGAGCCCUGCAGAAGACACGUCAUUGCCAAUCUGGCCAAGCACGUGCUUUUCACGGCCAGCAGAUCGUCCGCUGUCAUGUCCACACACAUCGUGGCCUGUCUGCUCUUGUACCGGCACAGGCCGGGCAUCGCCUUGUCCCGGCUGGUGGAGGACUUCUUCAACAUGAAGGAGGAGAUUCUGUCUAGGGACUUCGACCUGGGCUUUUCGGGCAGCUGUGAAGACGUGGUCAUGCACGCCCUGCACCUGCUGGGCAACUGCGUCAACGUGACAAGUGCCGGCCGCAACACCGAGGUCGUGGUGUCCCCCCGAAACACAGUGCCUGCCCUCUUCGAGCUCAACUUCUAUAGCAAUGGUCUCUUCCACGUCUUCAUCGCCGACGCUAUCAUAGCAUGCAGUGCGCUCGCCCUGCUGAGGGAGUCUGAUGCUGAGCCCGGCUGCAGCAGGACGCUGCUCAGUCAGGAGGCACUGAUCCGUCGGGCCGCUGGUCUCUCCCACUUCCUGUCCAAUGAGGUGGCCGUUGCCUUGCCCUGUCAGAUGAUUUACCAAGUGUUCCACGACGCCGUGGGCCGGCUGGUCCAGUAUGGGGUGCUGCACGUCGCUGAGGAUGACCAGGAAGAACUCAGCCCUGGCGCCUCUGAAGAACCCUGGAGCCAGAGGUACCCCGAGCCGCUCUCCUGGCGCAGUGACGAAGAGGACGAAGACAGCGACUUUGGUGAGGAGCAGAGAGACCGGUACCUGAAGCUGAGCCCAUCCUCUGAGCACCAGGAGUUCAUUGCAUUCCUGCAGCGGCUCUUGAGCCCAGUGCUGGAGGCCUACGCGGGGGCGGCCAUCUUUGUGCUAGGCCUGGAGCAGCCAAUCACAGAGAGCGACUAUACCACACAGCUUUUCCGCUUCCUGCUGGCUCGCACUGAGAAGGGAGUCGCUGCUUAUGGGGAGAGUGCAACGCACUACCUGGUGAAGAACACAGUGAAGACGUUCAAGGAACUUGGGGUUCUGAAGGAGAAGCCAGGGGGCAGAGUGGUGGUCCUGGAGAUGAGCAGCACCUUCCUCCCCCAGGCCAGCCGCAGGAAGCUGUUGGAAUACAUCCUGAGCUUCGGCCUCCUGUAGGGUGCACAGCGCCCCCUGCCACCGGCACAUGGAAGCACACCUCUACACUGCUCACCACUCUGUGAAGGGCUUUUGCUGGCUACUUAACACAAACAAUAAGGUGCUAAUCUAUGGAAAAUCUACCUGAAAGUGCCUUUAUAGAAUCAGCAGAAGCACCAGCUGGGAGGGCUUAGCCGUUAACAUGCCCCCGGCGAUGCAGGCAGAAGUUAAGGGUUCUGGUGGAGAACGUAACACCCUCAUGCUAAUCGGCUAUUCUAAAAGACAACCUACUUUUGUAGAGAGCUCCCAUCUUGACCUCAUCUCGAUAGAGACGCAACCACCCAAUUAAGUAUUAGAGUGCAUUCCUCCCCCCCACCCGGGAGAGGCUCACAGGGUGGUGCAAAGUGGCAGGGAGGCUUGGGCCCCAUGCGCUGGUGCCCCCCGCGGCUCGCGGAAACGCUGCAGCUCCUUGUGUGGGUCUGCGUGACUUUCUCAUGCAUAGAGGCUGCAGCAGCCACUUUACUGUAUGUAGGAAUAUACUAAUCAUUUUCCCAAGGGAUAAUAUAAUUAAUAUAACGUGACUGUAAUAAUUCAUACAAGAACCGGUGAGUGGUUUUUGCUUUUGUGUGUUUAUGUCUGGCAUUUUCGGAUAAAAAUGUGUGCCAGUAACUACUGGUAAAGUCUACAGGCAAAUGGUUCUCGUUCCUUGUGAUAAAGACUACCAUCGUGUACAUUUAAAAAAAAAUGUCUUGCAAAGAUUUAAGAUUUCAGUCCCUGGCUCAGAAUGGCAUUUUAUGUUUAGUUCUUAUUAGGAUAACAACUAGCUGUAGAAUUUACUUGUGUAAACUGCUGAGUCCCUGUCACACGUGUGGUCUGUGUCACACGUGUGGUCUGUGUCACAUGGUCACAGGCUGGUCCCAGCGCUUGGAGCCAUCUGUCACGCCAGGCAGCAUGCUGGCCAUUCUAACCUGACCUUAGAACAUUGACAUCUUAGCAUGAUUUCAUGGAAACCCUCCCUGGACUGUAGCUCUCAUGCAUUGUGUCCGUCUCCUUUGGUUUCAUAGUGACAGCAUAUUUGAGGCUAAAGCCUGUAACUGAAUUUUUUAUUUUAUUUUUUAUUUAAAAAUUUUUCAAGAAUCCAGGUUCAUAUAAAAAUGCAACCAUAGCCUGCUGUAGAAUUAUAAGCAAAUUUAUCGGGAGCCUCAGAAGAACCCGGUCUGUCUCACAUGAGGCCUUUUAGGAGUUAAACAAAGCUGUGAAAAUAAAUCUGUUUCAUUCAUGUUGCAUUUCUGUGCAAAGCUUGCGAGACCUUUUCCAUCUGACGAGUGUGGCUCUGUCACCUGCCUCGGGUGGGCAAUGUUUGGAUUUACUGUCUGGUAAAAGCAAUAAUUACAUUUAUGAAUGAGCUACUUUUUAUCAUGCAUAUUUUGAGUGACAGCAGCAUAUUUAAAUACAGCUGUUUCUGAACUUUGGAGAUUAAUAUAUUUCAGAAGAGUAGCUAGAUAGCUGGAUCAGAUCCUGCCUCACUGCUCUACACUAUCGACAGCCAAAUGAUCAAUAAAGUGGAAAUAUAGCUUAAUUUAAAAAUGGAUAGAUUGUUUUUAAGGGGGUUCAUGUUACAACUACGACAUAGCUAAGCUCUCCUAGAACCACAGCAUCUCUGCAAAGGAUUCUUUCACAACACACAGUACCAGUCAAAAAUCUGGAACCACCAAGCCGCCUACAGAAGAGAGUGAUAGAGUGUUGCAUCACAUGACCUGGCCACCCGACUUAAACAAAGUAGAAAUGGGUUUGGAGGAGUUUGACCAGAGACUGAAAGAAAAGGGGCUAAUGCGUGCUCAGCAUAUUCAGGACAACUGGAAAAAGCAUCCCAGGAUACCACCAUAGAGGAGACAGCGGGGUCAACCAGUCCCUGGGCCAAUUGGAGUUAAGGGCCUUGCUCAAGGGUCCAAUGAUGGCAUCACUCUGCCAACCCAGGGAUUUGACCCGGCAAUCUUCUGAGUCCUAACCCAAAGACCUAUGCCCCCCCCCCCAGCAAAUUUUCUCUAUACUUACCUCGUCAGUGCAUAAUUCCAUGUAUGUUAUUUUAUAGUUUUGACGUCUAUUAAGUAUUCUAAAAUGUAGAGAUUAGUACAAAUAAACCUUUCUGUGGGUGGGUGUGUCCAAACUUUUGACUGGUACUCUACAUCAGCCUAUUUUACUACUGUCUUCCAUGUAAUGUGACAUCUAUACAAAGUACAGCCAAGGUAAGAAACAGCUCUGGGUUUUUUUUUAUCAAGGUGAACUAAGCUGUGACCUUUGUAUUCACUGCUACAGGAAGCUACUUGCUAAGCUAAACGUCCAUCUAGUUUGUUUUUCAAUAAAACAAUGGAUCCAAUGCCA